CCAACAGCCAACAUGGCGCAAACUAAAGCAACCAAAAAGUUUGAGAAAAGACAUCUCAAAGAAACAUUACAACGUCGGAAAGAGGUUGCAAAGAUCAAGCAGAAGAAACAGAUCAAAGAAAAGCAAAAGGCCCGCCGAGCGAAAGAGAAGGAAGGCGAAGAAGCAGAGAAGCCCGAGAAGAGGAUCAAUGAUAUCAAUGGCGAGAAAUUCAAGGAGAUGACAGUGGAUGAGUUCUUUCAAGGUGGAUUCGAAAUACCGGAACAAUUGAGCGAAAAAAGAACCACCAAAUCUAAGAAUGCACCGACGACGGGCAAACGCAAGCGUACCAGCGCAACUGACGACAAUGACGACGAGGACGACAACGACAGUGACUCUUCUUCUACAGACUCUGUGGAAUCCUUCCCUGUAGCUUAUUCUUCUGCAUCUGAUGACGAGUCGGAAGCGGAUAUUGGCGAUCACAAGCAGCAGCUCGAAGAUUUAAAGAAGAAAGAUCCGGAAUUCUACGAGUAUAUGAAAGAAAACGAUCCCGAACUGUUGGACUUCGAGGAUGCUGAUUUGGCUGAAAUCGAUUUGCUCAGCGACGAUGAAGAUACGCCAAAGAAGAAACGGAAAACAGCGAAGGGCUCAGCUUCAGAUAGCGAGGACGAAAAUGAGCCAAGCAACAGCGAGGUCACAAAAGCCAUGAUAAAUAAGUGGGAAAAAGCUAUGGUUGAAACAAAGUCAUUAAGAGCGUUGAGGGAGGUCGUUCUGGCAUUCAGAGCAGCGGCACAUCUGAAUGAAGAGACAGGUAAAUCAUACAAGUACAGGGUGUCAAACCCAGAUGUGUAUCACAGUCUUCUCAUGAUCGCUUUGAAACAUGCGCCGACAGUUUUGCACCACCAUCUACCAGUUAAAGAGCACGCGAAUGGCAAAGUCUCUCUCCCAACCGACUCCAAAAAAUUCAGAACCAUGGCGCCUAUGCUCAAAUCUCACAUAACAUCAGUCCACCAUCUAUUACAGGGUCUUUCUGAUUCGGCAACUCUUCGAUUGACCUUAUCCUCCAUACUACCACUCCUCCCAUACAUUCUCUCAUUUAAACCUGUUGUUCGCAAUCUGAUCAAGACUAUUACAGCGACUUGGUCAUCUACGACAAGUGAUGAAGCAACACGAAUCUCAGCCUUUCUUGUCCUGCGACGUCUUAUGGUGAUUGGCGACGCAGGUUUGCGAGAGGCUGUCUUGAAGAGCGUUUACCAAGGCUUGGUUCGAGGCUCACGGAAUACCACUCCGCACACCAUAGCGGGGGUGAAUCUGAUGAAGAAUUCCGCGGCCGAGCUUUGGGGUUUGGAUUCAAAGAUUGGAUACACAACAGGCUUCACUUUUAUCCGCCAACUUGCCAUCCACCUCAGAUCAACCAUCACGAAUCCUACCUCGGACUCGUACAAGACAAUAUACAACUGGCAGUACGUGCACAGUCUCGAUUUCUGGUCCCGGGUUUUGAGCGAGCACUGCGCUUCGAUCAAAGAAGCAGAGUCCGGAAAGGAAAGUCCUCUCCGUCCUCUCAUAUACCCUACUGUACAAAUUACUAUUGGAGCUAUGCGUCUCAUUCCGACAAGCCAGUAUUUCCCUCUUCGCUUUCAACUUAUGCACUCCCUCCUGCGUUUGAGUCGUGCAACAACAACUUACAUUCCCCUUGGACCAGCGCUCUACGAGGUUCUGCAAUCGAAUGAGUUGCGAAAGCCGCCCAAGCAAAGUACGCUCCGGCCUCUUGACUUCAAGACCAACAUUCGCGCGCCAAAACAAUACCUGAAGACAAGAGUCUACCAAGAUGGCCUCGGUGAACAAGUAUGCGAAUUUCUUAGCGAAUUCCUCGUUCUCUGGUGCCGAAACAUUGCUUUUCCUGAGCUUGCGCUUCCACUCAUCGUCAUCAUCAAGCGUUGGUUGCGCGAUGCCGGCGGUGAUCGCAGCGGGAACCGCAACCAUAAGCUGAAUUCAGCUCUCAAGCUGGUUCUCCAAAAGAUCGAGUCGAAUUCACGAUUCAUAGAAGAGAAGCGUGCAAAGGUGGAGUUUGCCCCAGGAAAUCGGGCGGGCAUAGAAGGCUUCUUAAAGGAUACUGAAUGGGAGAAGACACCUCUGGGGGCUUUUGUGGUGGGCCAGAGGAAAGUGCGUGAACAGAAGGAGAAGGUUCUUGAAGAAGGGAGAAAGGCCCAGGAGGCCAAGCGUGCGAAGCUAGAUGAAGAAAGUGAUGAUGAGAACGUGAGGGGUGGCGGAGGGUUUGUAGACGCGGAAGAGCAGGACGAGAGCGAAGGCGAAGGCGAAGAAGAUGAGGAACAGUAAUGUUGCAUGCUUCAAGAACGCGGCCGGGAACUUCCUAGAUUUUUUGGGUUCGCAAAGCGUGAGCUACCCCAUGGUUUUCCAGAUGAUCAGGGAACAUCAUUCGCAGGAACGCUUGUUAAGCAUUUAGAGUCAUCUAUUCCCAUCAAGGAUAGUUUAAAAUCCCUGACUUUGUGGACGCUAUCUCAACAGUGGAAUAUAGACUUCUGGCCGGAGGAUAUACGAACUUUCUUGCUUAUCGCGCUAGGGUGUUAGCACGCUUCCAGUUCAAGCACCCACAACUUUAUUGCCUUAAUGCCUG